AUGUCUUCUUCUCCUGGUGUCAAGCUCCGGGAGCAUGUGGACAUGUUGUACAUCUCCAUUGAGACAGCUAUUGCCCUGGCCUCUGUGGUGGGGAAUGUGCUGGUGGUGCUGGUGGUGUGUGUGAACCGGGCUCUCCGUGACACCACCUUCUGCUUCAUUGUGUCUCUGGCCGUGGCUGAUAUCGCUGUGGGGGUUCUGGUCAUCCCUCUGGCUAUUAUCAUCAGUCUGGGACUUAACACUUCGUUCUACACCUGCCUUUUCCUGUCCUGCCUGCUGCUCAUCAUCACCCAGAGCUCCAUCCUGUCCCUGCUGGCUAUCGCCAUCGACCGAUACCUGCGUGUCAAGAUUCCCACCAGGUACUGCACCAUUGUGACCCAGAACAGGGCAUACGUGGCGGUCUGUCUGUGUUGGAUCCUCUCCUUCCUCACUGGAUUGGUUCCAAUGAUUGGAUGGAACAACCAUGACGUUUUAGGAAACCUCAGCAGUUCCAGCGACAUCGUCUGUGAGUUCACCACUGUCAUGAGGAUGGAUUACAUGGUGUACUUCAAUUUCUUUGGCUGGGUGGUGGUACCACUGACCGUAAUGAUCGCUCUGUAUGCGGAGAUCUUUAGAGUGAUCCGGCGACAGCUUAACAAGCGUGCUGAAGCCACGAGUGAUGGAGACAGGUACUAUCGGAAGGAGCUGAGGCUCGCCAAAUCGCUGGCCUUGGUUGUGUUCCUCUUUGCUGUGUGUUGGCUGCCAAUACACAUUAUGAACUGCAUCAACUUUUUCUGCCCAAAGUGUUCCAUCCCCAAGGUGGCCAUGUACAUCGGCAUUUUCAUGUCCCAUGUGAACUCUGCACUCAACCCAAUGGUGUAUGCAUUCAGGAUAAAGCGUUUCCGUGUCACGCUGAUCCAGAUUUUUCGUCGCUGCAUGUUAUGUAAACCAACAGAGCCCACCUCAUGCCCCACCAGCACACCAGCCAAGACGGAGAAAGUGGAUGUAAACCUGUAACAAAGAACUGAGAUGGUGCACCAUUGGCACUCAUUGGAUUAUCGGAUAUUUGGAAUAACAAUCCAGUAACAAACACAAAAGCAAAGCACUUCAUUGAGACAUUGGGACAAGUUCAUCUCUGAUCCAUUCAUAUUUCUUUGAUAUGUUUGCCUGCAAUCAAAAAAGUAAACAACAUCCCAUUCAACCUGCAUUAUUUUGGUUUCACUCAAUGCUUUAUUACUUGAUUCAUAUUGAAUUAUACUGAA